AUGUUUGUGGCUCCUUGGAACUCCGAAGGCUCUUUAAAAAUUCCUGAAAUCUCCACUGUUCCAGCUUGGGUGACCCUACAAAAUAUCCCAACCAGCUGCUACUCUAGACUUGGAAUCUCGCACAUUGCUUCAGGUCUAGGUGAGCCCAUGCUUACGCAUAAGCCAAGACUUGAUCCCUUAAAUAUUGGAGAGGCUAAGAUCUUGGUGGAAAUAGAGCUCGACAAGAGUUUCCCCAAACAGAUUGCUUUGGACGAUAAGCUUGGUAACAUAUUUUUAGUUGAUGUGAUCUACUCUUGGAUUCCAUCAACUUGUGAAAGAUGUGGGAGUCUAGGUCACAAAGCGAAGAGGUGUUUACUAAAGGAAGACAAGAUUCCACCAACAAAUGAAAAAAGAUCUGAACACAAGGAUGUGGAUAUCCCAGUGGUUGCUAUAGACUCCUUCUUGGAUAAUACUGAUUCUAAUGUCCAGCAGAAUUGUGUCACUCCUAAGGUGCCAAAAGAGAGUAUCAAGGCCAAAAACAUCAUAAGUGAGCUGCCUAAUCUAGCAGUAGAUCAGAUUCUAGGACAAGAGCUUGGUCCUCAACAAACUGUCCUUACACUUCAACAUGUUCCCUUUCAAUUCGGGAAGCCAGGAGCGUCCUCAACGGACAUUAAUUCUUCACCAGCAACUACUGACUCUGUGUCUCCUCGGGUAGCUCUUCCUCACAAGGAUAGCUCUGCUACUUAUAAAUCACUUCCGGAUGCAAAGGUUACCUAUUCUUCUACACUAGCAGGUACAUCAUCUGCUCACACUUCUUUACAAGUUAUGGACGAUGCUCCAUCAGAAAUUAUCAUGAAUGAGGAUACAACACUCUGA